AGUUGGGGGGCGUGGCGUAUCUGUGUUAUCGCGAUGUUUAGAGCCUGCCUCUCAUUGGACGAGAGAUCCUGCAGGGCUGGAGAGAGAAGCGAAGUAAAUAUCCGAAGAGCUACCGAGGGGCACCGCUGUGCUUCCCGUGUAGCCUGGCGGCGGGGGUCGGGACGCGAUGAUUUAGUUCCGUUCCCGGUGCGACAACAACCUGAAGGGAAGGCAAGCCUGACAACGGCGGAAUCAAAGUCCUUUCAAUGUUAUUUUUAAAAGUCGGGCUGUUUGAGCAUCAUGUCCGGCUCCGGUAAUCUAAUUUGGGAUGUGAGGAAGCGCUCCAUCGGGUUUCACGACCCGAAUUCGAUCAGGAUUAACUACCUGGGAAGAAGGGAGUUUGUCCAGAGGCUCAAACUGGAGGCCACGCUGACUGUGCACGAUGGCUGUGUGAACACGAUCUGCUGGAAUGACACCGGCGAGUACAUCCUCUCAGGAUCCGAUGACACCAACCUGGUCAUCACUAACCCAUACAACAGGAAGGUCAAGACUACCAUUAACUCAGGGCACCGUGCCAAUAUCUUCAGCGCGAAGUUCAUACCGCAAACCAACGACCAGCAGAUCGUGUCCUGCUCCGGCGACGGCGUCAUCUUUUACACCAACACAGAGAAGAGCGCCGAGCUCAACAGACAGUGCCAGUUCACCUGUCACUAUGGCACGGCCUACGAGAUCAUGACUGUCCCGAACGACCCCUACACCUUCCUGUCAUGUGGCGAGGACGGUACCGUGCGGUGGUUCGACGUCCGAAUGAAGACCAGCUGCACAAAAGAGGACUGCAAAGAUGACAUCCUCAUUAAUUGCCGGCGUGCCGCGACCUCGAUCUCCAUCAGCCCACUGGUCCCGUAUUACCUGGCCGUGGGAUGCUCCGACAGCUCUGUCCGCAUCUACGACCGGAGGAUGCUGGGUACCCGGGCCACAGGGAACUACAUGGGCCGUGGCACCACGGGGAUGUGCGUGCGCUUCGUGCCGGCGCACCUCUCCAGCAAGUCCUGCCGUGUGACGUCGCUGUGCUACAGCGGCGACGGGGAGGAGAUCCUGGUCAGCUACUCCUCAGACUACAUCUACCUGUUCAACCCGAAGGACGACCAGGCGCGAGAGCUGAAGGGGCCGUCCGAGGAGAGAAGGGAGGAGCUGCGUCAGCCCCCGGUGAAACGCCUCCGGCUGCGGGGCGACUGGUCCGACACGGGCCCCCGAGCUCGACCCGAGAGCGAGCGGGAGCGAGACGGUGAACAGAGCCCCAACGUGUCUCUGAUGCAGAGGAUGUCAGACAUGCUGUCGCGGUGGUUCGAGGAGGCCAGUGAAGCACAGAGCAGCAGGGGGCGCAGUCAGCCCCAGGCCCAGCCCCAGCCCCAGCCCCGGCCCAGGGGCACCAGAGCCCAGCCUGAAGGGUCCGCAUCUGCCCCAGAAACCGCCCAGGAAGGCCCUGCUCCCCCCGAGGCCUCCAUGGAGGUGGAGACCCCCGCCGAGCCUCUCCCCAAGUCUGCCUCUUCGUCCUCCAGCUCCUCCUCCACAGUCACUGCCCCGCCCCCUUCUACCUCCUCAUCCCUGGAGAGCCCGCCUUCGUCCUCACUGCUGUCUUCCCCUGAUGUGGAACAGAAGAGUCUGGCCGCCGCCCGCUGUCCCGCCCCUGCCCCUACCCCUGCCCCCGCCCCCACAUCGGACUCUACCCCCCCAACAGACUCUGUGCAGACGACGCAGCCAUUACAGUCUGAGCCUGCCCGUCACGGCGUGCCGGUAAGUGUAGUUUGCAGACGCUUGCAGCGGCUGCUUCUGAUGCCGGGGCCCCCGAGAGCGCAGGAGCGCACGACCACCCACCCACCCGCUGAGGGCCCCAGCCCUGCCCGCAGGGCCUCGGGGGCCUCGGGGGCCUCAGUGCCCCCCACAGCAGAUUCUCCCUCGUCCAUGGUAAACAAACAGCUCGGAUCGAUGACCUUGGACGAGCAGCAGGGAGGCACAGAACCCGGAACCGGCAGUGGUUCCAGUUCUAGUUCGGCUGGUGUGCGAUCCGGAGCAGCAGAGCCCGUCCUGAGUCUGCACUACAGCACUGAGGGAACGACCACCAGCACCAUCAAGCUGGACUUCACAGAUGAGUGGUGUGACACUGGAGCCUGGUUGUGGCUUCUGUGCUUCUGGGUGUGGCCUCCUCCUUCCCCUGGGUGUGGCCUCCUCCUCCCCCUGGGUGUGGCCUCCUCCUCCUUCCCCCUGGGUGUGGCCUCCUCCCCCUGGGUGUGGCCUCCUCCUCCUCCCCCUGGAUUUAAUUUCAGAGGAUCGGCCGUAGGUGAUAGGAUGAUAAGGCGCUCGGCGGCAGCCCGCAUUCAGGAGCUGUUCCGUAGGAGGAAGGAGAGGCGGGAGAUGGAGGAGAGCGAGACGCAGAACAUCCGCAGGCCCACAGUCAAGAUGGUAUACAAGGGCCACCGCAACUCCAGGACAAUGAUCAAAGAGUCCUGCUUUUGGGGAAACAGCUUUGUGAUGAGUGGGUCUGACUGCGGCCACAUCUUCAUCUGGGACCGGCGUACAGCGGAGCACCUGAUGCUGCUGGAGGCCGACAACCAUGUGGUCAACUGCCUGCAACCCCACCCCUACGACCCCAUCCUGGCUUCUUCUGGAAUAGACUAUGAUAUCAAGAUCUGGUCCCCCCUGGAAGAGCUGCCGUCCUUCAACAGGGUUCUUGCCGACGAGGUGAUAGCACGCAAUGAGCUGAUGCUGGAGGAGACCAGGAACACCAUCACAGUCCCUGCCUCCUUCAUGCUGAGGAUGCUAGCUUCACUCAACCACAUCAGGACUGACCGAGCUGAGGGCGAUCGUUCAGAAGGUUCCGGCCAGGAGAAUGAAGAUGAGCCAUAGUGACUUGUUCUUUUUAAACUUUUGCUACAGAGUACUUGAACAUUUUGUUUUGUACCAGCGUGGAAUAUUUCUGUAACAGAACAGUAGUGCAAUUUCCAGUUCCUCCCCUUUUUUAGUACUAACGUUUGUGUAAAGGACAGUGUGAACGGGGUCUACGGGCGCAUUGGAACGGGGUCCGGUUCCAGGUUUUAAAGUGGCUGGAGCUUGAACAUUUAAAGUGCAAUACUUUUCCUCUGCCCCAAAAGCUAUUGUUUAACCCUUUGAGGUGUGCUUUCUUCAUAGCUGAAGGCUGAAAGACUUUGUAUACCUGCAUGUAAACUUAUGGCCAGAAAUCACACUAAGUAAAAUCUGUUCACACAGUGCUCCCUGGUGUCAAAGACUGCCACGGAAGACUCCUCUGCCUUGUCAAUAAAAGGCACCACUGCACAGCCCGAA